AACAAAAGGGGGAAAGCCUCUUUCAAAAGAACACAAGAAUAAGACAAAACUGAGCCAGACUGAUUGAAAUGCUAUUGCGCCUCUACUAAAAAAAAAAGGUUUAGGCAUUUCAUUGUUUGGGUGUGCAAUGUGCAUGCAUGCAUGAGUGCACCCAGAUCUGUUAACUCGGAUUAUUGCAGCUUUAAACAACUGCAGAAUUAAUUGCAGGUUGAUAUUAGUCUUUAACUCAGUGCUAUGGGGAUAAUGGGAGUUGCAGUUUAAUUUUGCUUUGGCAAAAUGUAGACCUUGUCAAACUACAACUCUCAUGCUUCCAAAGCAUUGCAGUUCAAGUAGAAUCAGACUGCAUUGAUUUUGUAAUGUAAAUGCAACCUGAUUUGUUCUCUGCUGCAAGCACUAUAUCCUCGAGGGAGAAAAAAAACACAUCUCUGCACUGAAAUGCCUGCUGGAGCCUUGGGAACUCUACUCCACUUGAAAGACUGGAGAAAAUAUCAGCCUGUGUUGGAUGUUGGGAUGCACAAAAGAUCCUAGGAUGGUUAAAGAGAUUUUAACUAUUUGUUCCAGGAGACAAUACAAACAGACAGCUUCAUGCAGGAGACGAUUUCUGUUACCUCUCCAUCUACAACAACCUUGACAACAAACUAAGCAGAAUGAAUUGUGAAAGAACGAACCCGGCCGAGAAACGGUACAAAUGCUCCGACUGUGGGAAAAGUUUUAAGAAACGAUCAGCGCUUCUCACGCACGACCGAACCCACACGGGCGAAAAGCCGUAUAAAUGUGCCGACUGCGGGAACAGUUUCAGCAACAAAUCCAGCCUCACUCGGCACAAGCGGAAACACACUGGUGAAAAGCCCUUUUGCUGUUUCAACUGUGGGAAAAGGUUCAGCCAGAGCUCCAGCUUGAUCCGGCACAUGAGAAACCACACGGGUCUACGGCCAUAUAUUUGUUCAGACUGCGGCAAGAGCUUCAAGCAGAGCUCCAGCCUUCUCGUUCACGGCAGGACCCAUACCGGAGAGACUCCGUAUAGCUGCUCGGUCUGUUCGAAACGCUUCUCUCAGAGCUCAAACCUGGUGAAGCAUGAGAGGAUCCACACUGGGGAAAAGCCCUACCGGUGCCCGGAUUGUGGGAACACCUUCAGUAACAAAUCCAGCCUGACCCGACAUAGAAGAAACCACACUGGCCAGAAACCCUACAAAUGCUCUCACUGCGGCAAAAGGUUCAAGCAGAGUUCUGGCCUCCUAAAACACGAGAGGACACAUGCGCGGCAGGACCUCUGAAAAUAUUCGGAUUCUGGCCAUUGCUUUGAGCCUGACCACACAUGAGUCAACCCAUAUGGGAGAGUCAGUGUAAAUUCCUCAGUAGGAAAAGAAAAGACUGUCUUUCAAACCGGAUAGAACAGUGAUUCUCAACCUGUGGGUCCCCAGGUGUUUUGACCUACAACUCCCAGAAAUCCCAGCCAGUUCACCAGCUGUUAGAAUUUCUGGGAGUUAAAGGCCAAAACAUCUGGGGACCCACAGAUUGAGAACCACUAGGAUAGAAGGAAUUGGGGUGAAGCUAUGUUUGUGAGCGAGGAAGACCUGCACAGCUCACAACUACCGUAUAUAUUUAUGUAUAAGUCAACCUCAUGUAUAAGUCGAAGGCAGGUUUGGAGGCAAAAUUUAAGGAUUUUGAUAUGAUCCAUGGAUAAAUUGAGGGUCAUUCCGCAAAGAGGAAAAAGCACCAAUGCCAUUUCAGGGGGCCACAUUGACCAACCAGAGAUUAGAAAAGGCCAAAAGUUGUGCCAAAGUCGAGAGUAGAGAGGGGAUAGCUACUUAUUUUAGGUUUUCCCAAGAUGGACUGAACUUCUUCUUUUGCCACUCUUCUCAGAGAAGAUGGUUUCUUUUUCAAUCAAAUUUAGCCCCCUUCUACACUGCCAUAUAAUCCAGAUUUUCAAAGCAUAUAAUCCACACAGGGCCGGCCCCACUCAUGCGGCAGCUGACGCCGCCGCCUCGGGCGCAGGCCCGGGGGGGCGCCGUCAGGCUG